AUGGCGGCCGACCUUCCUACGCGAGAGACCAAGCGGGACAGGGAAGAACAGCAACACAGCGAUCGCCUGGAGGAUGGAGCUGCCGGGUUGGAUCCCAUCGAUCUGCUAGCAUUAAGUCAAGAUCUACGAAUCAUCCCCAUCCCCGAAGAUGGCGAUGACCUCGAGACCACCGCUCAGAAGAUGGAGGAUCUCGCCAAGGUGGUCCGGGGUGGCAACAGCCUGGCGCUGUACACGGGCCUCAAGCUGGCGCCACCCCAACCGCAGAACCCCGAGGAGAUUGUCGUGGCGGAGAUGAGCCUUCAGGAACGGACGAUGUACAACGCAUGGAAGAGGAGUCGAGAGUCCGACCAGAGCAGUCGGGACCCGUCCACCGUUUAUGUGCCCCGGCCAUUCGACUGGGACGCCAAUGUGGCCCCCGCCCCGACCGGAGCCCACAGCCGCAAGAAGUUUGCCGAGCGGGCGGCGGCCAUGGACCUGAUCUGGGGUCAUGAGGGCGCCACCCCGGAGCAUGCGUCCUGGCUGACCUUUCACCGGACCGGCUUAUUGCCCCUCGUCAAUGCCAUCGCCAAGGUCACCAGGCGCACCAAGCACAUGAAAGACCAUGGCCCCAAGUCCCAGGGGGGAUUGAGUGACAUGGAGGCGGCGGAAUUGGAGACCAUCCGGCAGACCAUCACGGUCGCCGAGCGGAAUCGCAGUCGGGAGCUGGAACGGAUCCGCACGAUGACCCGAACCAUCGCCGAGUCGGUGACUAUUCUCAAGUCGCGCGUGCACGAUCUCGAGAGGGGGACGUCGGAGUAG